UUUUGCAAUAGUAACAGCACGGCACUUUAUCUCCGAGGUGCUUUGAGCACACAAGUCAUCCCCAUUAUUUAUAUUUUGGUCAUUUGUGUCGGCAUCCCAGCCAACGUUGCCAUUUUGUGCACGCUGGCCACCAAAAUUCGUAUGUCCUCUGCUAUCCUCUACUGCAGCCUGGCUCUGUCGGACCUCUUCCUCCUCCUCUCCCUCCUCUUAAAGGCUCACUACCAUUUCCAUGGAAACAACUGGAGCCUCGGAGAGACUGCCUGACUGGUCACAGCCUGUUUCUAUGGUAACCUGUACUGUUCGGCUCAGACGCUGGCGUGCAAUCAGUGUCAGCGCUACCUGGCUGUGGUGCACCCGUUCUUGUACAAAAGCCUCCCCAAGAGGAUGUGCACUGCAUGGGUGUGCGUGGCUGUAUGGGGGGUAUUUGGGGCGGCGGUCGUGCCUGACUUACUCAUCCAGCAGAGCUACCGACUCCCUGAGGUGGGUGUCAUCACCUGCCAUGAUGUAUUGCCUCUUAGUCAUGCCUCCCAUGCGUUCCUGCUUUACUACAACCGGAUUACCAUCUUCAGCUUCCUGAUGCCUGUGGUCACCAUUGUAUGCUAUGUGAAAAUUGUUAGAGAGCUGCACCGCUCGCAGAAUGACUGGGGGAUCUAUAUCAAAGCUAGUACACUGGUGUUCAUCAUCUUCUUGGUGUGUUUUACCCCUGCUGGAAUUUGCAUUUUUCUCCACUAUGUUCACCUGUUUGCGGAUGGAAAGGAGGAUUUUUAUAUUUACUUUAACAUAGCGGUGUGUUUGUGCUGCCUCCAUUCUUGUCUGGACCCCUUCUUCUUUGUGAUCAUGUCAAAGUCUACAGGAUCCGGGCAUUACUUCAGGCUCUUCAAGGGAAAGACCUUCAGCAUAUCUGUCUGAAUAUCUUGAUUAAAGAAUUUUGACUGAUUCCUUACCACCUGAGGUAGACAAACAGUCCUUACCAUCCAGCCUCAAAUUACCAUCAUCUACAGAAAAAUGUAUAAUCAUUCUUGAGGGGAGUAGGAGUCAGUGAAGCAUUACACAGGGGUCAGAAUAUAAAAAUGAUAUAAUCAUGUUGAAAAGCACAGCAAAUUAUUUGUGUGAUUACAACAGUUAGAAAAGGUAUAGUUUGGAUUAUGUGUGGCAGAAAGUGAAGGAGUUAUAGGGCAAAAACAACAAAAAUUGUAACCAAAGUGUGACGCAGAAGUAAGAAUAGGACCCCAAUGUACAGACAUCAGGCGCAGCUUAGUCAAAAUGAUGUGGUUUAUUUUACAGAAAAAUGAGCAAAGGUCAGGGUGGUGAGCCGAAUAUUCCUAGGAGGUCAGUGGGUCUGGAGGCUCAGCACGGGCAAACGGGAGGUGAGACUAGGUGCUGUCAGCUGAGAGAAACACAGGAGACAAACCCAGUAUGAAAAAGGCUCACACAAAAACAGAAUGAGAACCAAGUGUACAACAGGAUGAUAGUUAACAAACUGAUGAUGAGUGGCAGAAUGAACCGGUCUUUAAACUGCUCAGGAGUGGAGAACUGAUUGCAGGUGGAGAUGUCAAAGAUCAGACAUGUGCAGCCUAGACUCACAAACAAGCAGAACACACAGGAGGGCAGAUAAGGUAUGUUCCUAACAAAUAGCCAGUUUAAAUUUAGACAGGAGUCAAAAAUUAAAGUUGAUCCAAUUUUGGUAAAUCAUAAUGCAAAUUAAUGGUUGAACAUAUAGAAAAAACCCAAAUAGUUUUUACUGUUUUUAAUGCUUGGCUUCCAAAGUAAUGUGGGGAAAAAAGGUCAACAUCUAUUGAAUUUAAACAUUUGACCCAUUUUACAAGGUGAAAAAUUGUUGCUUCCAGUGUUGAUCAAACACUGGCAUGUUUGAAGAAAUAGCAAUAAAUAAGUGUCAAACUUGAAGAGUAUUAUUCAUUUUUCUUUUAAUUUCAUAGCAAAUAUCGUCUGUGAAUACAUUAAAUGUCAUCUUGUUGGAAAU